UAGAUGGCGUAUAACCUGGGUACAGGUGUCAGUACCACUUGCAUUUAUAAAGUGUUUUUUCACACAAAUACAUGACUAUUGGAAGUCAUUUCUGGAUCCAAACCAUCCAUGAGUGUCUCGAGCAGACACAUGUGAGGAGUAUAUCUUAGGACAAUUCCCAUCGAAGCGACAAAUGAUGGAUUUGUGCACGUUUUUGUGACUUUUAUACUUUUCCAAUAUGGCGGCGCCCUCGGAAAUAAAAAUACUCGUACUUGUACUUGUUAUCGUAUGGAUCUAAGUUCAUAGGCUAUGUAUAAUGGAUAAUACCGUUACAAUGGAUGUUCCGCCGCCCUACAUGAUGGAUAUUGAAGAAAGUGUGCAAUUCUUUCUCCAAAAAAUUGACUGUGAGCCAAAGGAUGACAUUGUUGAGUCAUUGGGUGACGAGUUUGACGAGGGUCUAUUGUGUGAAACGAGAGAAACUCUUUUGGAAGCAGCACAAGCUAAAUGGCAGACAGAGGUUGGUAAUAAGUCUAUUGAUUUGGGAUUGAAAUUGCGUAGAGGUCCCGAUAAACUGAAGGCUAUAUGCCGAGAUAUAUACGAGUUGUAUAAAUAUUGUGCCGACGUUGAUUCAUCACCAUUCCCACGAUCAGUCCUCAAUGCUUCGACUAUCUCUGCGAUAGAGACUUUUGUUAAAAAAGACACUGUGAAUGAUGACAACGGCACCGAUGCAGUUAAAACGAUAGCAUCGUUGGGUGUUAGUGGUCUUAAGGAACAUUAUAUUAUAUUGGUCAACAAAAUAAAGGAACUUGAAAUCGCAUUUGCUGAGCUAAAAAACCAGAAGGUCGUAGUGACAUGUACUGUUUGUAAACACGAAUGCCUGCUGAGCAAUAAGCCUAAUAACGAAAACGCAGCAGCCCAAAUCGACGUGGGAUUAAAGCCGCGGGCCAGCUGUGAAAGCGAUAUAUCUAUUCAAAAGCCCAGUGUUGUGAGUAGUUCUGAUACUAAUAGUCCUGGCUCAAAUAACCGGCAACUCUCUGUUAAGACAGCUA